CAUUGGCGCCGGGCAGAGAGGCGGAAUGUUCAACUCCUGACUCCGGCGGAAGCGUGGGAGCCGCGCGGGCCGCUGUCGUUCCAACCCCCGUCGCCCUCGUCGCGCGCGGGGCCUCCGCGCCCCCGGCUGCUGCUCGCGCCCGGCCUGGGAGCCAGAUUUUGUGGAAGUAUAAUACUUUGUCAUUAUGAGAUGUCGUCUCUCGGUGCCUCCUUUGUGCAAAUUAAAUUUGAUGACUUGCAGUUUUUUGAAAACUGCGGUGGAGGAAGUUUCGGGAGUGUUUAUCGAGCCAAAUGGAUAUCACAGGACAAGGAGGUGGCUGUAAAGAAGCUCCUCAAAAUAGAGAAAGAGGCAGAAAUACUCAGUGUCCUCAGUCACAGAAACAUCAUCCAGUUUUAUGGAGUAAUUCUUGAACCUCCCAACUAUGGCAUUGUCACAGAAUAUGCUUCUCUGGGAUCACUCUAUGAUUACAUUAACAGUAAUAGAAGUGAGGAGAUGGAUAUGGAUCACAUUAUGACCUGGGCCACUGAUGUAGCCAAAGGAAUGCACUAUUUACAUAUGGAGGCUCCUGUCAAGGUGAUUCACAGAGACCUCAAGUCAAGAAAUGUUGUUAUAGCUGCUGAUGGAGUAUUGAAGAUUUGUGACUUUGGUGCCUCUCGGUUCCAUAACCAUACAACACACAUGUCCUUGGUUGGAACUUUCCCAUGGAUGGCUCCAGAAGUUAUCCAAAGUCUCCCUGUGUCAGAAACUUGUGACACAUAUUCCUACGGUGUGGUUCUCUGGGAGAUGCUAACAAGGGAGGUCCCCUUUAAAGGUUUGGAAGGAUUACAAGUAGCUUGGCUUGUAGUGGAAAAAAACGAGAGAUUAACCAUUCCAAGCAGUUGCCCCAGAAGUUUUGCUGAACUGUUACAUCAGUGUUGGGAAGCUGAUGCCAAGAAACGGCCAUCAUUCAAGCAAAUCAUUUCAAUCCUGGAGUCCAUGUCAAAUGACACAAGCCUUCCUGACAAGUGUAACUCAUUCCUGCACAACAAGGCGGAGUGGAGGUGCGAAAUUGAGGCAACUCUUGAAAGGCUAAAGAAACUAGAGCGUGAUCUCAGCUUUAAGGAGCAGGAGCUUAAAGAACGAGAAAGACGUUUAAAGAUGUGGGAGCAAAAGCUGACAGAGCAGUCCAACACCCCGCUGCUGCCUUCCUUUGAGAUUGGUGCAUGGACAGAAGACGAUGUGUAUUGUUGGGUUCAGCAGCUCGUCAGAAAAGGUGACUCUUCAGCAGAGAUGAGCGUAUAUGCAAGCUUGUUCAAAGAAAACAACAUUACAGGGAAGCGGCUACUGCUGCUGGAGGAAGAAGACCUGAAAGACAUGGGCAUUGUCUCCAAGGGGCAUAUCAUUCACUUCAAGUCAGCCAUUGAGAAAUUAACCCAUGAUUACAUAAACUUGUUUCACUUCCCACCGCUAAUUAAGGACUCAGGAGGUGAACCGGAAGAAAAUGAGGAAAAAUUAGUGAACCUGGAACUGGUUUUUGGUUUUCACUUGAAACCAGGAACUGGCCCACAGGAUUGUAAGUGGAAAAUGUAUAUGGAGAUGGAUGGGGAUGAAAUUGCAAUAACCUACAUAAAAGAUGUGACAUUCAACACUAACCUACCUGAUGCGGAGAUUUUAAAGAUGACAAAGCCACCAUUUGUAAUGGAGAAGUGGAUUGUAGGAAUAGCAAAAAAUCAGACUGUGGAGUGCACUGUCACAUAUGAGAGUGAUGUUAGAACUCCAAAAAGCACUAAACAUGUCCAUUCGAUUCAGUGGAGUAGAACAAAACCUCAGGAUGAAGUGAAAGCAGUCCAACUUGCCAUUCAGACAUUAUUCACCAAUUCAGACGGCAACCCCGGAAGUAGGUCUGACUCAAGUGCUGAUUGCCAGUGGUUAGAUACUCUGAGGAUGCGGCAGAUUGCAUCCAACACUUCUUUACAGCGUUCCCAGAGCAAUCCUAUUCUGGGGUCACCAUUCUUCUCAUACCUUGAUGGCCAGGAUUCCUAUGCUGCUGCUGUGAGACGGACCCAGGUGCCCAUUAAGUAUCAACAGAUUACACCUGUGAACCAGUCCAGAAGCUCCUCUCCUACUCAGUAUGGACUGACCAAAAACUUCUCUUCCCUGCAUCUCAGCUCUAGGGACAGUGGCUUUUCCAGUGGCAAUACUGACACCUCUUCAGAGAGGGGUCGAUACUCAGACAGAAGCAGGAACAAAUAUGGACGUGGUAGUAUAUCACUCAAUUCUUCUCCUAGAGGAAGAUACAGUGGAAAAAGUCAGCAUUCCACUCCUUCAAGAGGAAGAUAUCCUGGAAAGUUCUACAGGGUUUCUCAGUCACCACUCAAUCCUCACCAGUCGCCUGACUUCAAGAGAAGCCCUAGGGACCUCCAUCAACCCAACACCAUACCAGGGAUGCCUUUGCACCCUGAGACUGACUCAAGAGCCAGUGAAGAGGAGAGCAAAGUCAGCGAAGGGGGCUGGACAAAAGUGGAAUACCGGAAAAAGCCCCACAGGCCCUCCCCCGCCAAAACCAAUAAAGAGAGAGCCAGAGGGGACCACCGUGGAUGGAGAAACUUUUGAUGAAUUGAACUACAUGAGUUUUUCUAAGCAGGUUAAAAAAAGAAAGAAAGAAAGAAAGAAAGAAAUGUAAUGGUUUUUGGUAAUAUGAUCCCUUCAUAUUGAAUUAACAAAAAGACAACACUUCCAUUUUUGGGAUUGGGAAAUACCUUCUAAUUGAGACUAUAGCCAAACCAGGGUCAAAAUUAUGGAUAUUGGUUACCCAGUGAUCAUAACUAGGCUUGAAAAUCACUACACGUAUUUUCUCCCUUGAGUGAACAUUCUUAGAGGAAAGGUUAUGCCAUCUUUUUACCCUAACCACUGAUAUUCUGGUUAGCAGGGCCAGGAUGAGGGUAAGGCAAAUAAGGUCAACAAAAAAAAUCAAAUUUUUAGGUAAUGACAGAAUGAGUGUUACUGAUUUUUCCUUUUGACUGAGGAUGCAAUAUGGCCUGGCAAGGCACUGUUAUUGGUCUUGUCUUUAACAUUUAUAUUUUGUUCAUCAUAAUUUUUUUUCAUUUGUUUUAUUUUUUAAAAUAUUGCAUUAAAAUAUCAUUUAGCUUGAUUAUCGAGUUUUUUGGUUUGGGGUUUUUUGUUGUUUCUUUUUGGUUUUCUUUCUUUCUCCCCCUUUUUUUUUUUUUGAUGUCCCCUUAAAUUUUGUGCCCAAGACAGGUACCUCACUCAUCUCACCCUUUGGCUCAGCCCUGCUGGUUAGUAUUUAGUAUUUAUUUUAGUAAGAUACUUGUGUUUUUAUGAUGGUCAGAGUUGAACUGAUCUGGCUUGUCAUUUUUCAGUAAUAAAAAAAGUUACUGAAUUUAAUGUUGAUUAUGAUGCAUAUCUCAUUCAUAUACAAUUUAUCAGAAACCAAAGAUUUAAAUUGCCUGGAUUUGUGGUUCUUUCUCUCCCUAAGUUCCCAGGGACUGCUUUCAAAUAUUAUUUUCUAAAUUUCAACAAAGAAGGAGCAAAGAGGAUAAAACAACACUCCAUAAAGGCCUCUUGGGAUGUCAGAAAUCUAAAAUCUAAAAGAAAACAGACACAGAGCAAGAUAAUAACGUCACAAGCUAAAAGCCAGAAAAAUUUAAAAUUACCAACAUCCUUGUUGGAGUCAGACAGUAAAUAUCAGCCUUGCAGCAAGACAGCUCUGAGCAGCUGCGGGCAAAGAGGUAAACCGGUGGGGGUGCCAGGAGACUGUCUGCAGCUUAGGGCAGAAAUGGUGGGAUCCAACUUGUGAAAUGCUUCAUGUUUUACAAACCAAAAAGUCAGGUAACAACAAACUUAUUAUAUGUCAAAUCAAUAAAUGUUACUUUCAAUAUUCUGA